CGGAAAUUUCGGUCAUUUCCUCUCCGUCUCCUCGUCGUGUUCUCUAAACUAAUAAUUUACGGUGAUGCGGCGAGAGAAUAAGGGGUCGUAUUGUCUUAUCUGUCGAACUACAAACAAGUAUUAUUAAUGUCUGUUACUGCCAUGGUGGAGAAGAGGCUUCUGUAGCAGAAAAAAAAAUUCAGUUGACAACAUCAUAAUCAGCCUGCAGCCGCCAUGAGGUGACGACUGUGACAUUUUGUACUUUUGCUGAUGUGGACACAUGGCAAGGAUUACUUUGUCCUGCCUGCCAGCCUCCUGGUACUGCAGCGUGUCCCUGCUGUCUCUGGGCUGUGCCCCAAGACAGAGGCUUCUGCUCCUGCUGCUGCUGCUCAUCACCUCUGCCUUCUUCCUUCUGGAAACCUACCAAAGGCAGCUAUGGGGCACCCAGCGACGGUCUGGGACCCAAAUUAACAAAUACCUCUCCCUCACUGAGUCUAUGGAGGCUACUGACAUCCUCAACCCUUCACUGAAUUAUGGCAUCGUGGUGGACUGUGGCAGCAGUGGCUCCAGGAUCUUUGUGUAUUACUGGCCACCCCAUAACGGGAACCCCCACACCCUACUGGACAUCAGACAAAUGAGGGACCGCAGCCGCAACACUGUCGUCAAGAAGAUCAAGCCUGGAAUCUCUACUCUGGCAACCACACCAACGCAGGCCAGUGACUACCUCCACCCUCUCCUCAGCUUUGCUGCUGCUCAUGUCCCAAAGAACAAACAUAAAGAGACUCCACUCUACAUCCUCUGUACUGCUGGCAUGCGGCUGCUGCAUGAGAGGCAGCAAGCAGACAUUAUAGAGGAUCUUGUCACCGAUGUCCCCCUGGAGUUUGAUUUCCUCUUUUCCCGUUCACAUGUUGAGGUCAUCUCUGGGAAACAGGAAGGAGUGUAUGCAUGGAUUGGCAUUAACUUUGUCUUGGGCCGCUUCGACCAUCCUGAUGAGGAGGACGCCACAGUCGAAGUGACGACAAGUUCUCAGAACCAGCAGCCAAUCAGCAGACGGCGCACAGUGGGCAUCAUGGAUAUGGGUGGAGCUUCGCUUCAGAUCGCCUAUGAGGUGCCCAGCGCCAUCACCUUCAACUCACCUCAAGAAGAGGAGGCAGGGAAGAGCUUCCUCGCAGAGUUUAAUCUGGGCUGUGAUGUCGAGCACACGCAACACGUGUACCGAGUGUAUGUCACCACGUUCCUGGGCUUUGGAGGAAACAUGGCCAGGCAGCGCUACGAGGACCAGCUCUUUAACAGCACCUUCACCAAGAACAGAUAUCUAACCACACAGACGGGUCUGAGUAAGGACAAACCGUACCUGGACUCCUGCCUGCCCGUCGGACUGACUGAAACAAUAGUCCGGGACAAUCGCACGCUGCACCUGAGGGGUCAGGGUGACUGGACCAAGUGUCAGGAGGCAGUGCGACCCUUCCUGGGUCUCCAUAAUGGCACUAUGUCACCAAGAGGUGUCUAUCAGGCUCCCAUCAACUUCAGCAACAGUGAGUUCUAUGGUUUCUCUGAGUUUUACUACUGUAUGGAGGACGUGCUCAGGAUAGGAGGACAGUACAACAGUGAGAAAUACUCCAAAGCUUCUAUGGACUACUGCUCUACCCAGUGGUCGACACUGAAACAGCGUCUGGAAAACCACCUUUACUCCAAACAGGCAGACGACAGCAGACUGAAGUAUCAGUGCUUCAAGUCAGCCUGGGUGUAUGAAGUGUUACACUCUGGUUUCCGUUUCCCCACCAACUACCUGAACCUGAAAACAGCCCAGCUGGUUUAUGACAAAGAGGUCCAGUGGACUUUGGGGGCCAUCCUGUACAAAACCCGCUUCCUGCCUCUCAGGGACCUGCAGCAGGAAGCACUGCGGCAGAACCACCCCAGCUGGCUGCGCUCUUCAUUCGUCUACAACCACCACCUGUUCUCACUCUGCAUCCUGGUGGUGGUGCUGGCCAUCCUGCUCUACAUCCUGCGCCUGCGGAGGAUUCACCAGCGGGAGCAGCGGCAGGCCGAGGUCCUGAACCUCCUCUGGGUGGAAGAGGGAGAGGCUCUCCUCCCCUGAGAAAUAUGUCUGGGACGGGAGGCUCCACACUAAUCGCAUACAGUCUUAUAUGUGCCUCACUGUGUGUGAAAAAUGUGAGUAUGGAGGACAGUUGAGGAAGGGAGAAAUUACUCAGUGGAAAAGCGUGUGAUUUGGUAGAUUAUGAUGUAAGAGGAGACCAGACAAAAACAUCGCAACAUGGAGACAGUUUAAUGAGCCCCGAAAUCAAACACCUCUGUAUAUCCUUUGAUCGUACAGAGCUCACCUCAGACUGGAGAGACAGACUCUGGGCUCACUUUCUUCUCUUCACGACCACUUUGGAUGAAAAGAAUCACCCCAGGUUUACAGGAUCAAACCACUCCUUUUUUCGGGGGGGG